AAUGUCCAGACGUCCUUUGCGCGUUUGCACGCUUGCCACGACAAUGAGUUUUUCGAGUUAGAGUGAAGUUUACAAUUUACAACUGAAAGUUUUGUUUUCGCAUUCGUCCACACGUGCACAAUAAUUACGCAUUGUGCUUGGUUGCAAACUAGUUUCGCGUUGGAUCCGGCGCCGUCGACUGCCACCAAAAGCCGAACGCGUAUUAAACUAGUAUGGUGUGUUUGUGGUGUGGUUUGAGUUAAGUUAAGUUGUUAUUAAUAAGCAAAACAAAGUUGGUGGCGAUUUAGUAUCAAACUAUCGAUGUGAGACGCGAGACGCAAGUUUUUAAACAAUUUUCGCGUGAAAAAUUGACUUAAAGUAUACUUAAGUGUAUUUGUUUCAUUUAAUAUCAAAAAGUGAAGUGAAUUAGUCACAUUUUAAUUAUUAUCUCAUGAUUGAGAUGUUAACAACUUAAUUAGAGUGUUUUUUGUGGUGUAACUUCAAAAUUUACAAAUUUAUUCAUUUUUUAAAAGUCGGAAGUGACUUAAGUCACUUAAACCAUCAUCAUUACUAGAUAGAAGACUAAUCAACCAAACAUUCCAAUGGUUUAUAAAGUAUAAAUAUAUUCACGUGUGAAUAUAAAGUUAAAGCUUAUAUUUAGUUGGUUUAAGUCAAGUCGAGGUCGUUUAAUUGACAUUGAUUUCCGCAUUCGCAUAUACACACUAGUCAUAAACUUUUUAUUUAUUCAACAGCACACGUAAUACUAUCAUAAAAUAAAAUAAAACAAAACAAUAACAAUGUUUAAUUCAACUUGACUUAACUUUAAGUUAAAAACUUAAAAUUUAUUAAAGUUUAUUUUAAUAUUACAAUAAUUAUUGCACCACAGUCCGUGAUGUGAUUUGCUCAUCGAGUACAUAUUCAGUUAUUCAGUUUUGCGUUUGCGAGUCUCACCGAGUAACCUUUCAACUUUUUUCUUGCGCUUAAAAAUUGCUUGUGAUUCGGAAUGUGGCUGAUGGAGAUGGAAUGAUGCCAGCGAUUGUCACGACUGUACGCAUGCGCUUUCAACAUGCCCAAGAGUCGCAAAGCGCAGAAACACAUUCAGAAGCUUACAGAAUACACAGCUGAUGCAGAGUUGUUUCUACAAAAUGGCGGUAAUCAUUACACAUAUCUGGAGACCAUUCAGGAGGAAACUUCCGAUGAUCUACAAUCGGAUAGUGACUUUUCAGACUCUCGAGCUUCCCCAGCCGGAUGGCUGGCGACCGACUCCGAAUCCGGUUCUGUUAUACGCAUCCAAACUAUAGAUGAUGCUGAAUGUGAAUCGGACCGUGAAGUCGCCUGCCCCGCCAAACGCCGCCGCCAAGAAGUCCUCCUCAGCGACGACGAGUCCUCAAUCAGUCGCUCCUCCAGCCUGUUACAAUUCGAAAGCCUCGAGAAACAAUGCCAAGACAUCUCUAGUAGUUCCCCAAGUAUUUUCAGCAACUUUAGCUAUGAUUCCCUCGAAAGAAAAGGCGGACGAGGCAAUGUUAGUCCCGAUAGUUUAGAGCGUGGUGCACACAGUGAUGAUGAUUCAGCCGAGUAUUACAAAGCGUUAAAAAUCGACUUGCUGCCGAAAAAGAAGCGCCAGAGUCAUGAUUCACUCCUGUACGACAACAGCGCUAAUUGCAGCAGUGGCAGCGACAGUGCAGAUAGUGAAGAGACACUUGAAGCAGCUCGUUACGACAGUAGUAAAUCAGUCAACUUAAAAACAUGGCGUAGUUUCGAUGGGUUGCAUAGCAAUGGCGCUAAAACUGUGAAAAUCUCUUCGGAGAACCUCAGCGAGGACAGCGGCUACAGUGAUAACUUCUACAACUCAAAAAUGAAGAGUUCCAGUAUUCCUAACAUGAUGAUCAAUCAUCAUCAAUCAACAACAAAUAAAAACAUUUAUAAAACUCGUGUUGAGAUUCGCUCCCAGGACGAUGCGCUUGAGAAAUACCGUCUGAAGAUCGCAGAUAGAUUCGCGGCGUAUGACGGCGAUGUCUUCCAGACCUUCACGGGGAACUUUGGCGUGAGUUAUCAUGAUUUAAGUAAUGUUGAUCAGUACGAGCAUAGAAGUCCACUCAUUGAGAGAUUCAUGCGUAAUGGUAAACGUAGAAAUAUCACUACUGUUGUGGAUGAAGCAGUCGGAGUAAAUUUAGAUCAGGUGACAUGUGCGGAGACGGAAUGUGGUAAUUUUAGCCCGCUGGCGACGGCGACGAGCGUCCCGAAUCUCACCGGCAGUGGCAACGCGGACGACGCGCCGUGCGUGGUCUCCAGCGUGCCGAAAGAUCUCAAUCUAGCGGGUGGGAUAACAUCCACAGUUAAUUUUAAUACCAGUGCAUCAAUUGCAACAAUCAACUGUGACAUAUCAACGCUAUCCAGUUUGGAUUCGACUGAUUCUGGACAUUCGGAGGAUUUCACCAUGCCGAAACUAUCGAGGUAUCAACGUGCUGAAUAUGGAGAUAAAAUUACUAUUAGAUUAAAAUAUGAUACGUCGAGUAUAAGUUCAGCGAGUGACAUGGAAGCGACUUCAUCUUUUCGAAGAGAAGGUAGUUAUCUGGAAGCUAUGACUAAUUCUAUUGAUAUGAGUGAUGAGGAGAUAAAAAAUAAAAAGUUGAAGGAUAAAGGGAUGACUAUAUAUAAAUUCGAUCGUGAGAAUGCUUUGAAAGCUAUCUCAGAGACAUCUAUACAGAGUUUCGGAGUGAAAAGCAUCGAACAACUUAAUUUAGUUGCAUCAACACCUAUGAAUAACAUUAAUAACAGGAAUGUUAUUAGUACACCGAAUUUGGCUGACUUGGAUUAUCAAUAUCCGCCUAGGAAGAGUUCUUUGAUCAACAGGAGUAUAAGCACUAAUGAAAUUCAACAAAAAAACGAUGAAAAUGAUAAAAAUUUAGUGAAAUCUUUAAGUAAUAGCACAAAAGGCGUCCAUUUCAGUCCGGUUAUCUCUGAAGUAAACUGGAGGGAUGAUUCUGCUUCAAUAACAACUGAACAUGAAGAUUCUAGUUGUAGUACAACUCCAGAUCGUGAUGUACAGGGUCCUGUUGUACCUCCAAGGAAAUUAUUCACAAGAUCCCAACCGGAAUUAACAUUAAGACAACGUGUGUUGGUCAGUGAUGAUUCCACAGAUGAUAAUGAAGGUAUGAAACCUGCUGUAAGUGAAGAACUUGUCCGUCGUAGAUAUCAACAUCAUCAACUUCCACAUGAUGUUAUUGCUAAGAGAAGGAGUGUGGAAGUUCCAAUGCGGGAGAAUACGAGUGAACACUGUGAAGCCCCCACUACACCGGCGCAACACGAGGAGAGGUACUCCAAAGUAAAACUCACUGGUUCAGUACAAGCGGUACCAGCGAUGGAGCCGGUUGGUGUUGUUCAGCCGAAGAGCAACACGCGCGGCAUCGGUGGAUUUUUCUCUCGUAUCGCCAGCUUCCGGUUUUCCACUCGUGCAGCUAAAAAUCAAGAUGAAAAGAAAAAACAACGUCAAACCACAUCAUUAAAAGAAUCUGGAGUUAAUAAUAAACUACAAUUUCAAUCUACGACUGGACAACGUCUCGCUACGAAAGAUGAUUAUAUUUAUAUCCCACUCAAAGGACCGGAAGUGAUUACCACUACUACGAAUACUUCAACACCAGUAGUUGGAUUAGGUGUACAAGAAAAUGUAAAGUUUAGCAAAGUGCAAGUUGAUGGCGUUGGCGUUGAAAUAGUUGAUAAGUUGAGCGCGAAACCGCCACUUCCGAAAAUGCCGCCGCGCGUUGUCGGUGCAUGCGUGAAGCGAACGGGUGGCGGCGCGCAGGUGCCGCGUGAACGGAUCGAUGUGGGUCGGGGGAGGCCCAUGGAGCCGAUGGGGUUGAUCGAGACGGACCUCGACACUGAGGUGACGGUCAUCACAAGCGGGCACGGCCAUGCGAAGACGCGCAGUCUUAUGAAUCUCGGCCACGAGCCGCCGACGACAAACAACAACGCGGCGGCGGCUGCGGCUGCACCAUUGCGUGCACCUAAUAAACACCUGCAGCAGCAUCGUCAGGGCAGGCCGCACAAGUCCAUGGAGUUUCUGCUCGACAAGCAGAAUCUCAAGGUUGUCGAGCCUCCAGAAAACGAGCUGCAAAAAGGCGGCGAACGCGUGAUGUCCGAACACGAGAUCCGCGUCCAACGCUCACUCCAGAAGCUGAACGUGCCCGAUUGGUACAAACAAGCCGCAGUACCACGCGAAGGCUUCCUCCUUCGCAGUAAUAAAUCCACGCAUGGCGGCGGUAAGGAGUGCCGCUGGGCAGGUACGGGUAGCAAAACCACAUCGCUGAGCAGCUUGGGUUCCGCCACACAAUCCCCCGUAUUGCUAAGCCCCUCGGCGCUGCAUUCGCAACCAUUCGUACGCUGGUCCACCUCCAAGCUCAACUCAACAGCGUCCUCACCCUGCGCCUCAACGCGCUCAUCAUUCAACGCCCGCUGCCAGCCGAACGGCGCCGUCUCCCCGUCCUCGGCGUCCCUGCGCGGCAGCUUCAAUUACAGACAGCCGUAUCUAGGUUGGCGGUCGCAGGAACGUCUCGCACGGCCACGCACACCCGCCGAGAGACUCGCCAGUACCAUUCUCGGACAAUCCACACCGCCACACGCGCAGCAACCGCAGGAAAGUCCCGAGAUUCAGACGUCGAUCAAAGAAGUCACCUCGGCGAUUGUGCAUUACGUAAGCGGGUUGAGGCCGGAGAGUGGGGGUAGGGAGCAUAGUUAUGAUAGUCAAGAGACUGCCAGUCAGAGGUCACGAUCAGCGUCGCCAAGGGGUAGUCAGAAAUUAUGCUGGUUGGAGAGUUCUUUUGUGGGUACAAGACCCUUGGACUCACCACAGACUCCGUUGACCUUGACGGAGAGCCCCACGCAGAUGAAUCACACGCCGGUACCGCCGACAACCCUGCGGUUGGACCUGCAGACGCAUAAUGAUUCAAACGCUUUGAGCACGGCAGGCAGUCGUAGACCCUCGCCAUCAUCAACAACACUCGAAGACGUGCUGGAUUCGUUACUCGGACUGCCGUCGUCGACGCGCGCCCCCAGUCCCAGUCUCCAAGGGACGGCGUCAGCUAAUACUAGUCCCAUUCGUCGACAAGGAGAACACCAGCGUGCUGCAGAACAAUUUCGCCGUCGUAGUGAAGGCAGCGAGCCUGCAAGCCGCCCUUCUUCGGACAGUCGACGUGCCUCGCUCCACGCAUCACCGAUUCUCCGCUGUCGUAACUCUCGCUGCGGCCGCUCGGCCUCCCCACGCUCCUCGGAGGCGGCACAGUUUAAAAACUGCCACAACUGCUCGUAUACCUAUUGUAGUCGCGGGUGUCGUCGUGAACACUGGGAGAAACACCGUAAAACCUGCCUGUUUUCACGUGUGGGCACCCUGUGUAGACAGGUUAUUGCCGCCGCCAAGGAACAAGAGGAUACUUUACGAACUCUUUCAGCAAUCGCACGACGUGGGUAUCUAUCACAGGGACAAGGCGCUGUGAAAAUAUUCUUUCCAUGUCCAGAGGCUGCUGAGAAAUUUCUCGGUAACGGAUUGGGUAGCCUUGGUGAUCCCACUUAUGUCCGAUGGGCGGAUCUACUCCCCUCUGAAAUGGGACCUGCACUCUAUGCGGAACUAGUCAAAAUGUGCAAGAAUUACAAUCCUGAUUCGCGACUGGUUCUGUAUGUUUCGGUGUGUGUGGUUUCGGAAGCGCCUGCAGCCGGUGCGGUGAAAUGGGAACGACAGUUGGUCUCACGUUGUGGUAAACUGCGGCUCAGUCGAGAUGUCCGUGUGCCUGACAGGGAGGUAGAGAAUCCCGAGGCGAUUAUUCUAACGUCGAAACCGUUAAGAGAAGAACCCAUUCAGCGGUUGCGUGAGAUUAGUUUCCAGAAUAUACAGCGCCAUCUACAACAGCGUGGGGUUAGUUUAAAACGGCAGUACCCGGAUAUCUACCAGCAGUUGUCGAGCUACGUGGAAGGUAAAAAGAACAAAUUCACGCCUGUGACGGUGUAUCCCAAGGACACGAACACUGGUAAACCAUUUAUGUGUAUUAUUAUGCCGGAUGUGGAACCAGAGUGUUUGGAGAAGGUCACCACCGCCGGGGUGCGUGUGCGGACGGUGGACGUGCUCGACGAUGAAUUCAUCCUGGAUAAUACCUGAUUUUAGUUGAAUAUGUUGGAUAUUUUUAAGGUGCCAAAGAUGACAAAUGUAUGUGUACAAAGACAAAUAACAUAGGCAACCAAUCAUACCACUAACCUCUAAAAAAUUACAUACGCCUCAAAUCUUUCAAAUACACAACUUUGGAGUAAAUUUUCAUUCGCGAUUUUCCAACAUAUCAAAUAUUUACAACCAAAGAAACAUUCCAAUCACACGUACCGAUGUAGGAAUCUACACCUAAGAAACAGCACACGUAACCGUAAAAAAUUUAAUCUUAACCUUAAAAUCUGGGGUUCUCCUGUGAUCAUCUAAAUAAAAUUACUAAACGCGUAAUAGAGCAGUACAUGUAAACGUAACGUAAUGAAAUUAUAAGUAUAAAUCAAGUGCUGCAACCCAACAAACACUAAAUUCGAUUUGUGUUUGCAUAGUUUUUGUUUAGCUGAACAGAAAAGUAGAUAUUAAUUGUUGAGAAUAUAUUCCGCAGAUUUUACCGCAAGAUGAAUAAUCAUGUUAACUACUGUACAAUUUUUAGGCGUGUGGCGCAAUGUGAAAUUUAAUUUCGAUAUUUAGAGAGAAAAAAAAUGGCGCAUACGGAUAUAUCUCGGAAAUAGUAAGGUUAAAAGAGGUUAUGUACGAAAACAUGGAUGGGAAUACAUUGAGAUUGGAGCCUGUUAACAUUUCUAACCUAAAACAAUUGGGAAUUGAAUUGAAUGCUUGAUUUGUUAUAAAUUAAUGCUUAUUCUAUUGAUAAUCAAAAAGUUGUCAAAACGUAGUGCAAAAAAUGGAUAUUUUAUUGAAAGAAACUAACCAAAGAGCUUAUAAAAGUUAUGAUAUUCUAUUUUUUCGAAGACAUCCCAUUGCGAGCACACAGUGAUUACGUUGCUUGAAAUGCCGAUGCUGAUAAGACUAUAAACACAUAUAUUAUUCUAUAUAAAUAGUAAAAUAAAAACAAAAUGGCAGCGAUUUACAAAAUCGCUUUGAAAUUGAAGAACAAAAGACAAAUAACAAACAAAAGAGGAAUAUAAAUGCAUACACAUUGCUCACGCAUUGAUAAUUGAAUAUGUUAACUAUAAAUUAAUGAAUAGAAACGCGCGUUUGACUGAAUUCAACUGAAUAUCUAAAGAAAAUGAAAAUGUUACACUCAUUCUCGACGAUAAUAACGUGUUUUAUAUUUUCUAGGCGUAGAAAAUGCGAUUAAUUGUUGAUUUAAACUUCAGAACACCACAUGUGUAUAUACUAAAGAUACUAAACACUCACACACACACACCAAUUGAUAAUAAUUAUGUAUUGUUUAACAAGUCCCUCGCCCCUUUCACCUGUUAACAUAUUGUGCAAAGUUUCACCCCCUCUAUUUAACUGUCUUUCGACCUUUUUCAACUAAUUAGGCGUAAACGGAUGCGACGAUGCGCGAAUGCUAAAUGAUAUUGACUUAUGUAUAUGAAGUAUUCAAUAAUUAUGACAUUUAAAUUAAAUAAAACGGAAACACAAGAUGGCGAUGACAUUGAAACAAACAUACAACUGAUAAUAAUAUAAGUGUGAUCAAAUGUAAUUAAAUGAAUGCUUGCAAAUGCGUUUGGGGAGUGUGAAAACGUUUAAAUUAUGAGGCGAUAUAAUAAAAGACACAGCAAUA